GGGUGCAGGAAGAGGCAAAGGAUGGUAGUUUUUUUUCCCCCUGCGUUUGAGGAGGCUGUCCCUAAAUUGUUGAGUACAUAAGAGGCUCCCUGUGUGCGACCCUCUCAGCAUUCAAGACCAGAGUGUGAGGGGAUCCAACUAUUCCACCUUUUCAGCUCAGCAUCUUACUCCUUCGACUCUACUGUCUUAUCCUUCCCCCGCGUUGCUGCCCGAUUUGCUUUUCCCGUGGAACUUAACAGGAUCAGAAGAGGUUUGCCGAGCGUUCGUCGAGCGGUGGAGCGGUCAGAGGCAGCCAGAGUCAUCAUAGCCAUGUUCCAGGAGCGGAGUGCGUAUCUGGGGCUCUGGGUGCUCCUUUUGCUCGGUGCAGGCAUGGAGGAAGUUGUGGAGGGAUGUAGCUGCCACCCAGCACACCCACAGCAGCUAUUCUGCAGCGCUGAGAUCGUGAUAAGGGCAAAGAUCUCCGGAGAGAAGAUUGUGUCGCCUAGCAACAGCUCCUCACCUUACAUGAAGAUGAUCCAAUAUGAAAUCAAAAUGAUCAAGAUGUUCAAAGGUUUCGACAAGGCCAAGGACAUCCAGUACGUGUACACUCCGGUCUUCUCCUCACUGUGUGGAGUCAAACUAGACUCCAACAAUAAAGCAGGGUAUUUGCUCUCAGGAAGUAUGUGGAGUGAUGGGAGGAUUUCUAUUGGCCAAUGCGACCUAGUGGAGUCUUGGGACAACUUGUCACUGUCGCAGAAGAAGAAUCUCAACUACAGAUACCAGAUGGGCUGUGAAUGCAGAAUCAACACCUGUUACACGGUCCCGUGUGCGUCUACAGGAGAAAACGAGUGCUUGUGGACUGACUGGCUGCUGGAUAACAGCCUAAAUGGGGAGCAGGCUCGGCAGUACGCCUGCAUCCGCCGCUCCGACACGACCUGUAGCUGGUACCGGGGCGGACCCCCACCUGAGAAAGACUUCCUGGACAUGGCUGACCCUUGACCUGUAAUUCUGAUUUCAGAAUUACUUCUGAAUUUGCUUCUGAUCUCAUUUUACUCCAUUUCACUCCUGCAAAGUCCUGAGAAACAUUUCCUGCUUUUGCUUAUGUAGCUCAAAUUUGGCGUGCAAAGUAGCAACUGAUUUCAGUGAAAAAAUUGGCUGAUUUUUUUUUUACACUUGAGGGAGUUUAACCCAACGCUGAGCUUCUGUUAGCAGAGUUCAGGUGGUUGCUACAGCAAUGCUAAGAAAAUCUUUGUAAACUGCAGGAGCUUUCAGCAUUCCUCUGACUCAUUUUCUCGCUCUCACACAUUCCACUUCACUCGCUGUUUUCCACAAUAAGAAUAGCAGCAGAGCGUCCACUGCAAAUUAUAUUCUCCCCUAAGUCAAUAGUCGCCUGAUGGUAAAUGCAUAAUCUUGACGAAUACUUAAUACUCGUGUUUGUUUAUGCAUAACUUCAUAAGGUUACGUAGUCAUUUAAGUUAUGCAUUUACUGAGAGUACAAGGAAGUUGGACAUUUACCGAAAAUAGUAGAAAAAAGCUGCUAACUUUCGCCACAAUCCUGCAUUGCAAAGUUUAUUUUACAACUGUAAACAAAUCUUCUGUGCACUAAUGUUUUGCAGGUAGACAGUAGCACGGCCAUCUUUUCCCAACAUAUUCUGGUGUUGAAUUAUUACCUAUAUAUUACUGAAUAACUGCCCCAUGCAAAUGAAAAUGUUUUCAUUGCACCAGACGUCCCCUAAUUAAUUCUAUUUUGACAAAAUCUGACACAUUCAUUAUAUAAUUUUUGUACAUCUAAAUCAUCACAGUUUAUACUCUCAAAUUGCUGAGAAUGUAAAUAUUGUACUUGAGUGAGAAUUAACAUUUUAAAGGCUAACCAGAUCUUGUCUUAUAGCAUAGAAGUUGUUAUCUUGUGGUUUCGUGUGUUUAGUUUCCUCGGUUGAACUCUGUACUAUUUCCUGUGCCAAAAAUCUAAUCCAGCGCUUUAACAACAGCACUGCCACCCCGUAGACGCCAAGCCACCUCUCCUUUGAGGAAAUGAUGUAACAGGACAAGGUUCAAUUCACUGUUUUUAAACUUAAAAACAGGAAGUGGAUUCUCCUCAAUGUUCAAGUUCAAGAAAAGAUAGUUAAAAACUUUGGCACAAGACGUUAACCGAUAAAAAGAGAAAUAAUAUUUGUGAAUUAGUGAUUUAAUUGUUGUUUUAUAGACAUUAUUUAAUGUAACGACUCAACAUUUAUUAAAAGACCCAAAUCUGAAUUGACCCCUGUCUUGUUACUGGAUUACUUCACUGAAGUCAUACAGAUUAAAAUGCAUUAUCAACUGCUACCUUCAUGCAUGAACCACUAUUCAAAGAUAAUAUUAGAGUCACGUUGAACAACAAAAUAUUUAAAUUUAAGCUGCGCAAUGCAGUAAUUUGUCUGAUACGUUUGAAACAUACCAUUUUGAAAUAUGUUAAUAAUUAAAUUUAGACUUUCAUGACAUGAGUAAUAAUGCAUUAUAACUGUGUGGCUUUAGUGAAGCGUUGUCAAACAAUUUCAUGUUUGUUUUAUACUGAAAGAAUUGUUUGGGUUUGUAUUUAUGUCUCUGUUUCUGUCUAUAUAGAGUUUUCUAUUUCCAUGUACCAAAAAAUAUUGUAUAUAAAAUGUCUCAAUGGAA